GUAACUUUCUUGGUAAACCUCUUUCUAAUUGUUUAAUUCAUAGCCUUUCUAUACUAAAAAAGAAAAAUCAAUAAUCUUUAUCAAGAUGGCUAUAUAAAAUCUCCCAACAGAAGGGAUACUCUUCUGCACUAGGCAAGAAAAAGGACAAGAGUAGAAGAAACAGACCCAGUUGGGACAUGAAGACAGGAAAAGUGCCUACAUUUGUAAAAUAUAUCUUCCCUUCUCUUAGUUUCCCUCUUCUGAUUCUUUUCUCUUCAUCACUCUCCUCCUCCUCCUCAUCAUCAUCAGUUUUUGAUAAACAUGAUAAAUUUCUUGUCUCCACCUAUGAUCUUAUGGUUGUGAUGAGAAAGUCCAGUGGUGUAUCCUUGUUCUUCAUGCUUAGCUUUAUCAUUAUCACCAUAUCUCUUGGAAGUGGAAGUAACAGUUCUCCUACACCUCGUACCGCAGGAGAUCAUCUUGACGGGUUUUUUCCUUACUCUUCUUUAGUGUAUGAAAUGAAUAACAUGAUCAUCAAGAAAGAAGAACAGCUUGAUCAGGAUCAUCUCCUUAAAUAUUAUGAUGAUAGUAGUAGUAGUAGUGGUGAUGACUAUGAGGAAGAUGAUGGAUAUGAACAGGACAAUGAAGAUGAUAUUGGCAUUGAUAUAGAGGAAUUGUAUAAUAGUGAAGGUGAGAAUGAUGAUAAAGAUUUGGACAGGAGGAUAGAGGAGUUUAUAGCAAAGGUGAAUCAGAAAUGGAGGGAGGAGUUGAUUACUGACAGGCUUCUUUGCUUGCCAGCUGCUUAUUAAUGUUAUAUAUAUCUUCUUUUUGUCCUUUUAACAUGAAAUGAGAAAUUUCAAGUACAUGGCCAGUUUCUGCAAAUAAAUGUUGUUAAAUAGUUCCCCCAUUUCCUCUUAGACAUGUGAAGUUCUAGUAAGGAAUGUGUUCUUGUUGCAAGUCAUGCAUUAGAUUUAGGGGUAAGCUGAUGAGAAACUGUCUGUAUCUUGUAAAGUAUUAUGUGAUAUAAAUGAGCAGAAAAUAGAUUCUGUUUA